AUGGUGGCAAGGGAGGUCGACCUAAGUGUGGCUGCUAUAAUUGAUGGGGACAUACUAGGGAGAAAUGCUACAAGUUGCAUGGUCGCCCUCCUUGAGCCUCUAAUGUUGUUUAGACUGAUCACUUUUAUCAACAUUCAGCCGUCCUUGACUCUCACUUGUGCUGAUUAUGAAGAAUAUCUCAAGUAUCAAGCAAAUAAGCAGUCUUCCUCAUCUGUUGCCUCUAUCACUCACUCGUGUAAUUCAGUUGCAUGCCUCACUCAGUCUUCCCCUAUAGAGCCUUGGGUUGUUAGGUAUUCUGAUGCUAAUUGGGCAGGUGCUCUGUCUGAUAGACGCUCCACUUCAGGAUUUUGUGUUCUUAUUGGGGGAAACCUUGUAUCUUGGAAGAGUAAGAAGCAAGAUGUUGUUGCUAGAUCGAGUGCAGAGGCAGAAUAUCAUGCAAUGGCCUUAGCGACUUAUGAACUCAUUUGGUUGAAGCAACUAAUUUAA